AUGGACGGAGGGGGCGCCGCGGUGGCGGCGCAGUCGCAGGUGGGCGGCGAUUGCUGCGGCGGGGAGACGGAGAAGGAGGGGAGAGGGGAGAGAGGGGGGCGGCUAUGGAAGAAGGUGAGGUACCAGCUGGUGGAAUACCACUCUCUUCCGGGGUAUCUCAAGGACAAUGAGUACAUUCUGGGCUACUACCGCUCCGAGUGGCCCCUCAAGCAGAUCCUCCUCAGCAUCUUCACCAUCCACAACGAAACCCUCAACGUCUGGACGUAAGCACCGCCGCCGCCGCCGCCGCCGCUAAUCUAAUCUCUCUCGGCCGAUGUCUGAUUUCCUCUGAGAUCGGGUUGUUCGUCCCCGGGGCUUCUUCUGGGUACUUUUCUAGGGAUCUCUCUCGCGCAUGCAGACUGCCGGUCCGUUUGUUCUCGGUUUCUUCUCUGUUCUAUCAAUCAAUGAUGAUUUGAGGUCGUCUGACCUAACCCGAAACCGGAUGGAAUUCACAAGAAAAAGAAGAAAAAAAAAGUAUUGCAGGUGGGACUGUUCAUGAGAUCAUUAUUAUCGGAUGAUGGGGCGUCUCGAUCGAAGCUCAAGCUCUUUCAAUCGCAUUCCGGGGGACCCACUUCGUCGUCGUCCUCCUCCUCCUCUUUCAUCCUUGCGUGUGCCUUGUUUUAUGUAGACGUUAGCUUCCUGAUCAGAGAUUUCUCAUCUACAUGGGGUCUUCGAUUCAUAUCAGAACUCCUUGACUUUUUCCUGCAUCGGGAGGGAUGGAUUAUGUCUAUGAAACUGUAGAAUUUAUGUUGCGUUGACCUCUGCAGCAAUUGAUGGAGCCCUUCAGGGGGGUGAAAUCUCAGAAACAGAGGUUUUUUUUAUACAAAAUAUUGCUAGAUUAGUACUCGAGAUUGUUCCUGAACAGAUGUGCAGAUAGAUCCUAUCUCAGCAAGGUUGACUUGGAUGUACGGCUUAGUUCAUCCGGGGCUCGGGUUUUUCCAUUCAGGUCAAACACCUGCUGGUGAAGAUUUAAUGAUCGACGGAGCUAACCCUCUGCUCUUGAUGUUCUAGGCAUCUGAUCGGGUUCUUCAUCUUUCUUGCGUUGACGAUAUACACUGCGAGGAAGAUCCCGAGGGUCGUUGACUUCCACUCUCUGCAACACCUGCCGGAUUUGCUCAAGAUCCAGUCGGAGGAGCUCCUGAGCUGCCUCCCUUCCUUGCCCCACAUAUCCGAUCUCCAUCGGCUGCGUGAUGAGCUGAAGACCGCCAUCCCAUCGAUGGACGCCCUUUCGUCGUCUGGGCGGCAUUUUCUGGAGCUCAUAACCAGCUGCCUGCCCCACGAAUUCCCCCAUACCAACACUACUGACAUCUCUUUCAUGGUGAACCCUCUUGCUCCUCGCCUAUUUUUCUUUCAUUUUCUCUGGAGAUUUUCUAUUUUUCCAAGUUGGGUUGCGUUCUUGAUCGGAAAGGUCGAUUCUUGCUAUGAGCCCAGCAUUUGAUCCUCACUUGGGUUUCAUAUGUGAUGCUCGAUCGUAUGAACAACGAAAGAAAAAAAAUAAAUUUAGUACUAAUACUGAUCCUGGGUUUGUUCCUGGCGGGAACGUGCAGAGGAUUCUGAAGGAGGACCUGCUGUCCGUGGCAGCGGCGGCGGCGCCCAUCUCGCGGUGGCCCUUCUUCGCCUUCCUGGGGGGGGCCAUGUUCUGCCUCCUCGCCAGCAGCACCUGCCACCUCUUCUCCUGCCAUUCCCCCCGCUUCGCCUACGUGAUGCUCCGCCUGGACUACGCCGGCAUCGCCGCCCUCAUCGCCACCUCCUUCUACCCUCCGGUCUACUACUCCUUCCUCUGCGACCCGCUCUUCUGCGGAAUCUACCUCUGCGCCAUCACCCUCCUCGGCGGCGCCGCCGUGGCCGUCUCCCUCCUCCCCGUCUUCCAGAGCCCCCGCUUCCGCCCUGUGCGGGCGGCGCUCUUCUUCGGGAUGGGCGUCUCCGGCGUCGUCCCCGUCGUCCACAAGCUCCUCGUUUUCCGCCACCGGCCGGAGGCCCUCCACACCGCCACCUAUGAGGCCCUCAUGGGCCUCCUGUACGGCCUCGGCGCUCUGCUCUACGCCACCAGAGUGCCGGAGCGGUGGCGCCCGGGGAAGUUCGACGUCGCCGGCCACAGCCACCAGCUUUUCCACGUCCUCGUCGUCGCCGGCGCCUACACCCACUACCGCGCCGGCCUGAUUUAUCUCCGGUGGAGGGACCUUGAAGGUUGCUGA